AUGCUGAUUGGCAAAGGAAGGUACCUGGCAGGUCAGGAGCUGGACAUGUUGCAGAAUCCCUGGUGGGAUGCCCCCGACCAAAAGAUGGUUUUCUUUGGCCUCCUCAGCUCCACUUUCGGCCUCGAAGAAGCCGUGGUGCUGAAGUUCUGCAACAAUCGCUACCUGCUGCAGUCGGAGCAGAUGGCCGCAGAGCUUGCACGACACCUGGGAGUCCCCGGCCCCGCGUCGCGGAUCCUGCUGAAGCAGCACGACGUCGCGGAGUGGCAGGAGCUGACGCAAGCUGCGGCCAAGAAGUGCCCGGCACUGCUGGAGAUGUUGGAGAAGAAGGUGUCCAUGCUGUUGCUUCAAUAUGUUCCCGGCAAAAGCUUGGACCAUGAGGAGGAGGCUUUUCUGCCACCGAACCUUCCCUCUGCAUGCAAGGCCUUGGGAAAGUUGUUCACCUUAGAUUUGCUGCUGGGAAACGCAGAUCGGCUGCCCAUUCAGUCACUUGGCUGGCGUGGCAAUCCAGCCAAUACCAUUUGGACCCAUGGACGUUGCGUUCCCAUCGACGCCGCGGUGGCGCGAAGGCCUCCAAAGCUGUUGGUCCGGGACAUGGAUCAGAAGGCGGCCCGGCUUCUGGAGUUAGCCCUGCUGGAUCGCAGCAGUGCACAGGAGCUGCUCCUGCAGACGGUCCACGGCAACGCUGCGGCGCACGACGCCAUCCGCAAGGACUGGGCGACCAGCGAGGGCGCCUGGUUGGAGCGAUACGGUGGGAAGGCCAACGCCGAAAAAGAUGGGGCCAUGAGCAGUGUGAAAGCGUUCAAUGAAGGGCUGAAAGCUGCCUUGGCGCAAGCAGUGGAGGAGCAGGGACUUUUGGAGAUGAUGACUGAUGUGGUAGACUCGUGGGUUCAGAAUUUCAAGGCUGAUAUGAAGGGCGUUCAGGUGUCCACGCGUGAACUGAAACUCAGCAACACCGUGGAACUGCGCGACCUCAGCAAAGAGGAGAGCAAACCGGAUACCUUCAAAGAAAGGUUGGCCUCAUGGCAGGAUUUGCUCCGCGAAAAGACCCAAGUGCUACAUCAAGCCGUGCAUGACUGGGCUCGGCGCCGGGAUCAUCAAAGCUCCUUUUCCUUUCGAGGUUUCCUGGGCGAGAGUGUGUUGAAUCCAGUGGCUGAUGCCUAUGAGCUUCUUGUGCGGUUGCGACAGCUCACCAGCCGCAUUAAAGUCUUGCACAUUGCGAGUUCGGUCUCGCGCCCUGCAGAUUUAGCACCAAAGGCUCCACUCUUCCUUGGUGGUGCUACCAGCCUUUGCCUGCACUUGCUGCGAAAGCUUGGCGAGACGCACAUUUUGAAUUGCACAGAAGAUCUCCCGGCACCCGAAACGGACGAGUUGGGAGAGAUUCAGUGGUCCCGACUGCCGUUGCCAGACCGAGAAGAUCAGGACCUGAUGCCAACGCUGCAGAAGGCCCUCGACAUCAUUGCGGAGGCGGAGGCCUCUGGCGGCAAAGUGCUGGUGCAUUGCCAUGAAGGGAAGAGCCGAUCUGUCUCCGUAUGUUUGGCCUACCUGGUCUCAAAGCAGAUUCCCUUGGCCGACGCCUUGACCUAUGUGAAGUCCAAGCGCCCAGUGGCGCGGCCCAACGCGGGGUUUCUGAAGCAGCUCCUGGCCUUCGAGCUACAGACCUUGGGGACGAACUCGGUGCUUCCUGAGGAGUUGCUGCGGGGGAAGCCGGUGCUGAGCUCUGGAAACCGGACUGGUGAAGUGCGGCCACCCACUGCUGGACAGGUGCAUAUCCUUGGGCACGAUGUGACGACCCCGGAGGGGAUGAUGGAGGCGUACAAAAACCUGGGCGUGUGCCCACAGGUAGAUCCUCUCUGGGAGAAUUUGACCGGCAAAGAGCACUUGAUGUUUUUUGGACGUAUCAAAGGGGUGCCCGAGGCAACGCUGUCCAGAAAAGUGGAUGAUCUCCUGUACCGCCUGGGUCUGAACCGUGAGGAUUCGAACAGAAAGUCUACGGAGUACAGCGGCGGUAUGAAACGCAAGCUGAGCUUGGCGAUUGCGCUGAUUGGGCGCUCGCCCUUGCUGUUUCUCGAUGAGCCCUCGGCCGCGGUGGAUGCUGGAGCCAAGCGACACCUCUGGAAGGUCUUGCGGCGAAGGGGCCGAGAGCAGACGGUGGUCGUGACCACUCACUCCAUGGAGGAGGCAGAAGCGCUUUGCGACCGAAUUGCCAUUCAGGUCCGUGGGCAGCUGCGCUGUUUGGGAUCCCCUGACCACAUCAAGAAAGAAUAUGGAUCUGGUUGCCAGUUGGAGCUUUUCUGUGAUUGCAGAGGCGCAGAUGCAGAGAGCAAAGCGCAGGAGCUCCGGGGCUUUGUCGAGACUUUGGCCCCUGGAAGCGGACAUCGCCUGGAGCAUCACGGCACGGGCAGGUUCCUCUUCCAGUUGCCCAAAGACUCCAGCCUUGGCCAGAUCUUCCUAGGAGUCGAACAAAACAAAAUCGCUUUGGGCAUCUCAUACUACUUUAUCAAUCAGCCUUCCCUGGAGCAGGUUUUUGUCCGCUUCGCCCGAGAGCAAGAGGACGACGUUUAG